AUGAGUACCAUGAAAGUGCACGUCGUGAAGGGGGUGAACAGCUACACCGGCGACCUCCUUAAAAAGCAGAACAGAAACAUAAACAGGAGGAGAGAGGUCAAUUUUAACGUCGAUAGCUUGACUGAACACGAACGCAGCUCAAGCAGAGCGAAGAGCUUUGCAAUCUAUAAACCUCCAACCAAAUUUAAGUCCGAGUCUACGGACAAGUCAAAGUCCAAAACUAACAAGGUCGAAUUCGAUCCCGUUGUAAGGACCAAGGACGGCGUCAACGAGGUCUUUGCGACUAAAUUAGAACUGUCGGACGAAGACGAAUUCGCUGAGAAGUAUCAAAAGUUUGACGACGAGGUGGAGGUACAAAAAGGGAGUGACGGGGCGCGUGAUGAAGACUCGGACGCUGAGGCCGACCUUGCUGUUCCUGGCUACGGCUUUGCCGACCAGGAUGCGUUCGACCUUGAAGCUGGUAAUGACGAUGCUGAAGAUCAGCACGAUAACGACAGGGAAGGCGGAGAAUAUGUUGAGGACAUCCUCGGAGGGGACGUCCCAAGCCCUCACGAUAACCGCGAAAAGGCCGAAUCCGUUACCUUCGAGGACGUUUUUAACAGCGACGACCGCGAAAAAAGCACUGAUAACUGCGACAGGGAGGACAACGACGAGGAGGCUUGGGGUUACAACUUUUCCUCAAACAGGGAUCGCGAGGACGACGCUUCUGUGAGCACCGCCAGUGCCAGGGGCUCUGCCAACGUCUUCCAGAAGUUCCGCGACAAAGUCAAGGAGACUUACGACAGGAGCGGCUUCAAGGAGAUGCACAAAAAGAACAUGGAGGUCCUGCGAAAGCAGUUCAAGUCCGUCCUUGGGCGGAAAAAGGGUCGGAGCCGCUCGCAGUCUUCCGAGGACACUGGCUCCGGCUCUUCCGAAUACUGGGAGUCCAAGGCUGACACCAACUUCGACAGGGCUGACUUUGCGCCCAAGCCCUACGGCUUCGGCGCGAAUCGGUCCCACGCAAAGGUCUUGAAUUACGAGAGCGACGACGACGCCAAAAAGCGCUGUUGUUGCUGCUAA